AUGAUUACCGACCUUCGUUUGGAAGAUAAACGCAACGCACUCGCUUCUACUCUUUCUGGCGGAAUGCAGAGACGGCUCUGUAUAGGGAUCGCGUUCAUUGCAGGUUCGAAAAUCGUGAUUCUCGAUGAGCCAACAGCUGGUAUCGAUCCGUUCGCUAGACGUGCUAUCUGGGAUCUUAUAUUGAAGUACAAGGAAAAUCAUACUGUAAUCCUCGCUACACAUUUCAUGGACGAGGCUGAUAUCCUCGGUGAUCGUAUUGCAGUUCUAUCAGAGGCCCACUCUACAGCAUGGUAG